AUGCGUUACAAUACUUUGGCCACCUUUCUUUUUCGACAAUCGACUACUCGGCCACUUGUUCCUCAAUGCUAUCGCCAUGUUCGUCCAUGCAUUGCAUUUCAGCGUCGACAUUUGCAAACGGUCAUUGAACCAGUGGGGAAUCGCACAAGAUCAGCUGCUCCCCUAGAAACCUAUGACAAUACAACAACUCUUUAUGAUGAUCCAUAUCAACGAGCUGUCGUGAAGCAUCUGAAUAAGUUAUGGCACCUACUCAAAGACUGCGAACCACACCACAACGCAAAGGAUACAAAGCAUGAUCAAGAUGUUCGAUCCCAAUUGGCGAAAGAGGAUGUACCUCGUUCAAUAUACAUUUAUGGCAGCGUUGGCACCGGUAAAACGAUGGUGAUGGAUCUCUUUUACAGCACACUACCGACACCUUACAAGAAACGAGUUCAUUAUCACGAAUUGAUGCUCGAUGUGCAUGCUCGAAUUCACGCAUUAAACAGCAGCAGCAGCAAAAACAAAAACAACAAUGGCAAAAAGCAACACCCUUUGAGUCAAAUUGCGGAUGAUUUGGCUAGCAACACAUGUAUAUUGUGCCUGGAUGAAUUUCAAGUGACGGAUAUUGCCGAUGCGAUGCUCUUACGGCAAUUGGUGGAUGCAUUGAUUGAUCGAGGUGUGGUGCUUGUGACAACGUCGAAUCGUCAUCCAACAUCAUUAUACGAGAAUGGCCAUCAUCGUUUAUUGUUUUAUCCUUGUAUUCGACGUAUCAUGAAUGAUUUCACGGUGCUUUGUCUUGAUGGUGGCGUGGAUUAUCGACGUGCUUUUAGGAUGUUUGAAGGAGAGCAAUACAAUGACAAUGACGCAUUUCUUUAUCCACUCAAUGAAACGACCCGUGAACGUAUGAAUGAUCAAUUACGCCAAUUGACGAACAAUCAACCCAUGACGCCUUUGGUUGUGGACUUGCUGAAUCGUACGGCUCGUAUACCCGCUCAUGUGGAUGGCGUAGGUGCAGCAAGGUUUUCGGACUUGUGUAGCGAAGCAUUAAGCGCAGCUGAUUAUCUUGCUCUUGUCCGCAAUUUACACACGCUCGUCUUGACCGAUAUCCCAGCUGUCAUGGAACGUGUCGAAGUACGCAGAUUCAUCACCUUGAUUGAUGCUCUUUAUGAGUCACGAAUUCGUCUCUAUGCCAGUGCCGAGUGUGCCGUGGAAGAUUUAUGUUUCAAACCAGAUCCAGAGUCGCAAGAAAUGCUCUUGAUGGGCCAGCAAUCAUCGUUGUUCACGGGUGAAGAAGAAACUUUUGCAUUACAGAGGGCGCUCUCACGUUUGAUUGAAAUGCAAACUCGACAAUGGAUGGCUCGUCGAACAUAG